AUGGAUUACUUUUCAGUCAAACACCACUACCACACGGGAAAUUAUCAAAAGGUGCUUCAAGAAAUUGCAAAGCACCAGCAAAGCAGUGAAGAUGAGACUCUAUUAUAUUACAAAAAUAUGUCUCUACUAGGGUUGAAGAUACUUGAGAACGUGCCAGAGGAAGGGGGUCUGCAGGCAGCCUUUAGUGCAUAUAGCGAAUGUUUGGAGUCCAAGGAGAUAGGCCCCUUGAAGGAAGUAGUUGAUGGGCAAAAGAGUCUGUUCGCGGUGAAUCUUUUGGCUUGCGCACAGGCAUGUCUGGAGAGUUAUGAGGCUGCAUGGGAGACGUGCACUCAGAAUUUAGAAGACUUGGAUGCUGUUGGUUCAGCGGAAUUAUUGCUGACGGCUGUGCAAGUUGCGCUUGCUAAUGGUCAACGGACUCAGGCUACGGCUUUGUUCGAGAACUAUAGUUCUUCCCAUGAUAUUUCUAAUGAGGAUGACAUUAUUCUGAGCAUUGCGGAGUCAUACAUCAACUUUAGUCAGAGUAAAGAAGCUAGUAGUUCUAACUUUUACUUUUACGAAGAACUCUGUCAAUCAGCACCCAGUUGGAAAACCCAAUUGGGGCUGUUGAAUCUACAUUUGCAACAGGGUAAUCUGCCAGAAGCAAGUAACAUCAUUGAACUGUUGGAAGAUGAAUAUUACCAGUCAAUGGAAGGAGCAGAAAAUUAUAAACGCCAUUUGUUGGCCAAUAAGAUUACAUAUGCAGCAAUGAACGGCGAAAAUGGUUCCGCAUUGAGAGAGGAAUUGGAACAGUUAGAUGCAGACCAUCCACUUGCUAAGGCAAACCGCGAAAACAACAUGAAGUUUGAUGAGAUUGUUGCAAAGUACUCCACUUAA